AUGUCCAAGUUAUGGCCCAAAGGAAAAGGGAAGACACCUCGUUCAAAGGACACAAAUAAUUCAGCUGCGUCCCAAUCAGACACUUCGCGCGCCAGUACAAGCACCGGUUGGGAGAAGGCCCGCGACACGGCGAUUCCAAUCCUCGAACUCGUCGCCAACAUUUCAGAGGGUUCUGAUGUGCUCGCCUCUCUCAAAGCAGCAUGUAAAGCGACAAAGCAGAUCCUCGAAAUGGCGCGCGCGAUCCAGAACAACAAAGAAGAUUGGAGACGUCUGGCUCAGCGUCUUCAAGGUCAUUUAGAAUCAAUGGAGGAUCAGAUCACCAUAUUUGAAGGGUAUCCCGAGGAGAAGCGCAAGGUCGACGACUCUUUACGACAACCGUUGCUUGCCUAUGUCAGAAAGCUCGAUGGAAUACAAAAAGCAGUCGAAGCACGAACACGUUCGCGGUUGUUGUCUCGAGCGACAAAAGUGGACAUGGAUGCUGGCGACAUUCGAGACUUUCAUCAAGAUAUCGACGAUUGUCACCAAAGACUUACGACUGCUCUAGCCGUAUCUUCUGCACUCUAUCUUCAAGCCGUGAAAGGGGACACCGAGGCUCUGAGAGGGGACACAAAAGACAUCAAGGAGGGUGGUAAGACACUACUGAGAGAUGUGGAUGUUAUUGCCAUGGCGCAGUUACCAGUCAUCCUAUCGACUUCAUCCACAGUACACACUCGCUGCAAUCCGGGAACCCGAGUGGCUGUUCUCGACUCCAUCCGCCGUUGGGGAGAAGGCGAGUUCACAGAGCCCAUAUUCUGGCUCUGCGACAUCGCUGGGUCAGGUAAAUCGACCGUGUCGACUACCAUGGUCGCAUUUUGGAAGGAGAAAGGUCUCCUUGGUGGCCAUUUCUUCUUCUCGGUCGCUACCAACGAGGAGUCUACCAUUGUCAAGAUGUGCCCAAGCUUUGCAAGACAAAUGUUCGAAAACCUUCCGAUGCUGGCUUCGUCUGUUGUGGGUGCGGUCAAAAGACAUCCCUCGAUCAUGAGCAGUACCUUCGAAGAGCAAUUCCGGACGUUGAUCGUCGAACCAACAAAGCAUCAUAAUAUGCCGUGCAUAUUGGUCAUCGACGCACUCGAUGAGUGCAAAUCUGUAUCAGAACGAAGAAAGCUAGUCGAGACGCUUUCUAUGGCUGUUCGGGAAAGCACAGCCCUCAAGAUAUUCAUGACAAGUCGACCAGACCCCGUCAUCCAGGCCGUCUUGGGGUCGCUCCCAAUCAAAGCCAAGAUGGAGGAUCGGCUACACGAUGCGAACCAGCGUGAUAACAUCGACGACAUCGCAAUCUAUAUAGAACAAUCUAUCAAUGGAAUGCUACCGGAGGAUAAGAAGCGACGACUGGUUCAAAAUGCCAAUGGAUUGUUCAUCUGGGCAAGCACCGCAUGUCGAAUGCUGAAAAGCGAAACGACAUGGGAUACCCAUGAGACCAUAUACGACCGUCUGAUCUCUGUGGACGAGACUGGAGAGAUUGACGAUGUAUAUGAACUGGUAUUCGAGCGCAUAGAGCCGAGAUACCGCGCAACCAUGUGUAGCAUGCUCGCUAUACUACUUGCAGCAUGCGAGCCGCUUAGCAUUGAGGACUUGGGAGACCUUCUCAAACAUGCUGGCGUAGACGGGAGCGCCGAAGCUCUGGUACGAAACCUAGGAAGCGUACUAACUGUAGAAUCAGGGGCAAAUCUGAUUCGAUUCCGUCAUCCUACCCUAGUCGAAUACCUUCAACGCCGGUCCCGCCCCCCAUCCAUGGAUAGCCACAACAAGGUGUAUAUCAACAUUACGGAGGCACACGGCCAAGUGGCAUCGUGGUGUCUGAAAUUGCUCAGUUCACCGACUGAAGGUGUCAAGUUCAAUAUAUGCCAAAUCGAGUCGUCUUUCUACCUUAAUAGGCAGAUAGUGGACCUCGACGCAAGAAUACUCAAGUUCAUUCCAAGAAAACUUAGAUACGCCAGCUCGUAUUGGCUGAUACAUCUAGCGGAAACGCAUGAGAAAUGGCGAAAUGCGCUCAAGAGAGAAGUUGAGCGUACUCUUCAAACUCCAUACGUACUGCAUUGGAUGGAGAUCCUGAGCUUCACUGGAGGGGUAGCACGAGCAAUAGCCGGGCUUCGAGCCGUUACACGCCAUCCAAGACUUGAAGAGGAGAUUAGGAGGAAGAUGACAGAGAUACGGCGGUUCAUCAUGACAUUUUCAGUCCCGAUCCAGGAGAGUGCUGCCCACAUCUACAUCUCUGCGCUUCCAUUUUCGCCGAAGAAUUCAAUGCUGCAUAUUGAGGGCCAAAGAAGAUAUGGGAAUGGCCUAACCGUGAUUCAAGGGCUCGAUGAUGUGUAUCCUGGAGUUCCUAGAACUCUUCGAGGGAACCAGGGUUCGAUCUGGGCGGUGGUGGCUUUCUCGCAUGAUGGCUCACGAAUCGUCUCUGGAUCGUUCGAUAAGACGAUCCGAGUAUGGGAUGCGGACACCGGGCAGACAUUGGGAGAGCCACUUCGAGGUCAUGAACACUGGGUCACCACUGUCGGAUUCUCACCAGACGGGUCACUGAUUGUGUCUGGAUCGGAUGACAAGACAAUUAGGCUGUGGGAGAUGGACACUGGUCGGCCGUUGGGAGUGCCACUCUUAGGUCAUGACUCCUCGGUUUUGGCCGUCGCGUUCUCUCCAGAUGGAUCACGGAUUGUGUCUGGCUCAGAAGACAAUACAAUCAGACUAUGGGACACAGAAACAGGCCAACCAUCAGGGGAGCCACUCCAAGGUCACGAAUCCUCAGUCUGCGCCGUCGCUUUCUCGCCAGACGGCUCAAGAAUUGCCUCUGCAUCAGAAGACAAGACGAUUCGAAUAUGGGACGCAGAAAAUGGUCAGCCGUUAAGGGAGCCACUCCGAGGCCAUGAGCUCGGUGUAAGCAGUGUUGCAUUCUCCCCGGAUGGCUCACGGAUCGCCUCUGGCUCUGGGGAUCAAACGGUCCGACUGUGGGAGGCAAAAACAGGCCAACCGUUGGGGGAGCCAUUUAGAGGUCAUGAAGACAUGGUAUUGGCCGUCGCAUUCUCGCCUGACGGCUCACGAAUCGUUUCCGGCUCGAUGGAUAAGACUAUUCGACUGUGGGACGCAGACAAUGGCCAGUUGUCGGGGCAACCGCUCCUAGGUCAUGAAACUGGUGUGGGUAGUGUCGCAUUCUCCCCGGAUGGCUCACGGAUCCUCUCUGGUGCUGGGGACGGAACAGUCCGGCUAUGGGACGCAGAUACCAAUCAGCCACUGGGAGAGCCACCUCGAAGUCACGAAGGCUCGAUCUAUGCUGUCGCCUUUUCGCCUGAAGGUUCGCGAAUCGUCUCCGGCUCGUACGAUAAGACGAUUCGAUUGUGGGAUGCAGGCACUGGCCAACCAUUAGGGGAGCCACUUCGAGGUCAUGAUGAUCAUGUGAGAGCCGUCGCGUUCUCACCAGACGGUUCCAGAAUCGCCUCUGGCUCUCAAGACACGACAAUUCGAUUGUGGGAUGCAAACACUGGCCAACCAAUAGGGGGGCCACUCCGCGAUCAUGAAGACUCCGUUACGGCGGUCGGAUUCUCUCCAGAUGGUUCCAGAAUCCUAUCUGGCUCGGACGACUGUACGGUUCGAUUAUGGGAUGCGAGGACAGGCCAGCCGCUGGGAAAGCCAUUCCGAGGUCAUCAACGUCGGGUCAGAGCCAUUGCAUUCUCUCCAGAUGGCUCGCGGAUUGUCUCUGGAUCGGACGAUGAGACUAUCCGACUGUGGAAUGCAGACACUGGUCAGCCGUUAGAGGGGCCAUUCCGGGGCCAAGAGGGCUGCGUGUACGCCGUCAUGUUCUCGCCAGAUAGCUCACGGAUCUUCUCUGGCUCCGGAGAUGGAGCAAUUAGAAUAUGGGAUGCAGAGACUGGUCAGUUGCUGGGGGUGCCACUCCUGGGUCGCAAAGACAUUGUCAGAGCGGCUGCAUUCUCACCAGGUGGCUCGAUAUUUGUCUCUGCAUCUGACGACUUGUUGAUUCGAAUCUGGGAUGUGGAAACCGGUCAGUUGUUGAUUGGGCCACUACCCGGUCAUCAAUCCUGGAUCUCCGCCGUCGCGGUCUCUCCGGAUGGCUCAAGAAUACUCUCUGGCUCAGAUGAUAUGACUAUUAAGAUAUGGGAUAGAGAUACUGCUGCCAGCGGCAAUAUCUCCGGCCAGAACGACGCAGAAGCCUCGGAGUCGAACAUCCAGGAUAGACCACAAAGCACUCCUCCAGGAAUCAUUGUACCUGGAUUCGAUCAGUGCUCACUAUCGCACGAUGGUUGGGUCCAAUCUUCCGAUAAAUAUCUGUUCUGGGUGCCACCAGAGAAUCGCCACGGACUAGUCUACCCAAACCGUCUAACUAUCCCGGUAACGAGUUCAUUACGUACGACCAAGCUUGACUUUACGCACUUUCAAUGUGGGCCUUCUUGGAUAAAUGUUCGAACAGACUCCAAGUAG